AUGGUCGAGUCCGCGAAAGGCCUGAAGCUACAUCUCGCAAAUGGGCGCACCGUACUCGAUGCCUGCGGCGGCGCAGCUGUGGCAAUUAUCGGCCACGGCAACGAAGAAGUUCAGAAGGCCAUGAUUCGCCAGGCAAGCAAAGUCAGCUACGUACACACGCAGUCGUACACUACGCCCGCGGCAGAGGACUUGGCCAAUUUCAUGCUCGAAGGAAGUCCGCAUGGGCUAGAAAAGGCAUUCUUCGUCUGCAGUGGCAGUGAAGCUGUCGAGUCAGCGCUCAAAUUAGCACGGCAAUACUUUUUCGAGAAGGGCGAGACGGAUCGCAUACACUUUGUGUCUCGAAAACAAAGCUACCAUGGAAAUACGAUGGGAUCCCUCUCUGUUUCUUCAAACCUAGCCCGCAAGGUGCCAUACCAGGAUUUCGGAUACCAACAUGUGUCGCAUGUUUCGCCAGCGUAUGCGUAUCGCUAUAAGCGAGACGAAGAAAGCACAGCGGACUUUACCAGACGUCUUCUAGAAGAGCUUGAGACCGAGUUCCUCGCAGUUGGACCUUCCAAAGUCAUCGCUUUUGUGGCCGAAACUGUCGGUGGCGCCACAUCAGGAUGUGUACCACCACCACCUGGGUAUUUGCGCGGUGUUCGGGCUCUCUGCGAUAAAUACGGCAUUCUCCUAAUACUGGAUGAAAUCAUGUGCGGGACAGGUCGUUGCGGGACCUAUUAUGCUUUUGAGCAAGAAAAGGUUACGCCUGAUAUUGUGACGGUCGCCAAAGGGCUUGGUGGUGGCUAUUGCUCCAUCGCUGCUGUCCUUGCUCACAAGACAGUCGUGGACGUAAUACGCCAAGGAACGAGCUCAUUCAAUCACGGACAUACUUACCAAGCCCACCCGAUCUCGUGCGCUACAGCAUUGGCUGUGCAACAGAUUUUGCGGCGCGAUAAUCUUGUGGCGCGAUGCGCGGCAAUGGGGAAGCUUCUCGAGGCGAAACUACGAGCGGCACUUAGCGCCUGUCCCUCGGUAGGGGACAUUCGUGGUCGCGGCCUUUUCUGGGCGGUGGAGUUUGUCAAGGAUAAAGAGAGCAAGGAAACAUUCGAUCCGUCUAUCACAUUUGGAAUUCGAGUUCAGCAGACGGCAUUCGAGGCUGGUGUGGCAGUUUACCCUGGUUGGACAACUGUGGAUGGAAGGAAGGGAGACCACAUCCUGCUAGCACCGUCAUUUACGGUGACAGAAGAGGAGCUGGACACGAUCGUACGCGUGGUUAAAACCUCAAUUACGAUUCAGGAACAGGUAUACAUGUAG